AUGGUUACCUGGGACACCAACGAAACAUCGGCGGCUAUGGCUCAUCCUGAGAACCCUCCAAACGGUGCCUUCGACACUGCCACUAUGCAAGCUGCCAUCGGAGAGGCCGAUCCAGCCAAUGGCGCUGCGCAAGGCGGACGCGUUGACGCGGAAACUAUGCAACGUAUGCGCGACCUCGGUUGGGUUGAGCCACAGUCUUUCGACUAUGCUGCCAGUGCCCCUACGACCGUCCUUCAUGCGAACGAGCCUCAGAAUGAGGAAAAUGGUGGUGACAUACGUUCCAAACACCAGGCUAGUACCUGGGCUCAUGAUGCAGCAAAAUACGAGUGGGAUGCUGAAUAUGGUGAUGUUGGACCGCGUAAUGAGAAGCUCGAGGCAGAAUUGUUCCGAGCCGACUAUCUCAAUCGUGCUGGUGAGAAAUUUGACAAUCUCAUCACCAUCAAAGUCAUUGUCGAAUCCAAGACUCGAGUUGAGCCUAUACAAGACUUCAAGAGCGCAGGAUUGCACCCUGUCAUGUUGCAAAAUGUUGAACUUUGUGGCUACGAGUUCGCUACCCCCAUCCAAGCAUACGCCAUUCCUGCUGUCACCACUGGUCAUGACAUGAUUGGUGUUGCCCAAACUGGUUCUGGCAAGACCGCUGCAUUCUUGAUCCCUUGCAUUUCGCAACUCAUGGGCAAGGUCAAGAAGUUGGCUGCUCCUCGUCCCAAUCUGGCGGUCGGCUUCGACCCAGCUCGUGAUCGCGUUCGCGCUGAGCCCUUGAUUCUUGUCGUGGCGCCAACUCGUGAGCUAUGCUGUCAGAUCUUUGACGAAGCUCGCCGUCUCUGCUAUCGUUCCAUGAUGCGACCAUGCGUUGCUUAUGGUGGUGCUCCUAUUCGUGAUCAAGUGUCUCAAUUGGCCCGUGGUUGCGACAUUCUGAUUGCGACUCCUGGCCGAUUGCUUGAUUUCAUGAGCCGUCCCGACAUUCUUUCGCUAUCUCGUGUUCGGUACACCAUCAUUGACGAAGCUGACGAGAUGCUUCACUCCGACUGGGAGGAGGACAUGGCAAAAAUCAUGGGUGGUGGUGAUGCCAAUGAGGAUGGCGACCAUCGCUAUCUCUUGUUCUCGGCGACCUUUCCCAAGCGUAUGCAGAGAUUGGCGGCAAAGUUUUUGGAAACCGACCAUGUUCAUGUCAGCAUCGGCCGUACUGGUUCUACCCAUGUCAAUGUGAAGCAACAGGUCUUGUGGGCAGACCAGGACAAGAAGAUGAAAGCUCUCUACGACUUGCUCAUCUCCAUGCCUCCUUCGCGCACCCUUAUUUUUGUUCGAUUCAAGAAGACUGCCGACUUCGUCGAUGAUUACCUCUUCAACCUCGGAUUGCCAUCAACCUCGAUUCAUUCAGAUCGUACUCAGAUUGAACGAGAAGACGCCAUUCGUUCGUUCAAGGCCGGACAGUCUCCAAUUCUCGUCGCUACCGGUGUUUCAGGUCGAGGUCUAGACAUUCGCAACGUCAUGCAUGUCAUCAACUUCGACUUGCCAGCUGCCGAGCAUGAUGGUCAGAACGAAUACAUCCAUCGUAUUGGUCGCACUGCUCGUAUCGGAAAUGAAGGCCUUGCUACUUCAUUCUACAACGAAAAGGACGAGCCAAUGGGCGAGUUCCUUGCGAAGAUCCUCAUGGAAACAAACCAAGAAGUCCCCGACUUUCUCCAUCACUUCAAGCCAGAAGAUGGUGUACUCAACUUCGACGAAGAAGAAGAAGAGGACGACCUAGACUUGGUGGCAACCAACGACGGUUCAGGCGGAGCUGCUUGGGGUUCUGGUGGUGAUGUUGCAAGCGCUCCUGCAGGAGAUGCAACUGCUGCCACUGCUGGUGAUAGCUGGGGCUCGGGCGUUGACAAUGGUGCUGCUGCCAAAUUCGAUGCUUGGUGA